CAAGAAAGACGUGUGUGCUGUGUGCUGUGUGCUGUGUGCGGAGAACGAGUGCGCUAUAUCGAGCGGUACAUCACAGCCCUUUGAGCCCUAUUUACCCUUUUUUUUGGCUGUUACAACCACCCUGUGAGUGCCCCUUGGUGGCCGGAAGGUGAACCUGGUUUUGAGAAGUCACCAGUGCGAAAGUCUCGAGAGUCGAGAGUCCCCGCGAGCAGAGAGCGAGCGAGAAAACGUGCGACAGGGGGAGAGCGGAGGGAGAGAACCGGCCGCGUGUACCGCGUGAGGAGUUACCUGCCCUUCGAAAUUGCAGAAAAGCCAACAGGUAGCCGCCGCCGCCUGUUCAUUAGCACAGACUAAUCACUGGAGCACAAGAGGCUGCCGUGGGGCAGGAGGCAAAGAUCGGGGAAAAGGUGGCAAUCAACGUGAAUGGUUGACAGCGGCAAAAUGCAGCUCUAGGGCGGCAGAUCUGACUGAAAAAGGACGGCAAUACAGCAGAAGAAAGAGACGGAGGGAUCAACGAGUGACAAAAAGUACAAAAGACCCACCUCAGAGAUGGCUGGAAUCAGACUAGUUGUGGUCCUCCUACUGACCAUCAGUAUACGCACAAUCCCUGCCAGCGACAGUGGUAACUCCUCAGGAGCCAACCUGGGCGUUCGGUUCGAGCGAGCUCCCGAAUCGGCGGUGGCUCCCAAGGGGGACGAGGUGGUCUUCGAGUGCGAGCUGAACCUGAAACCGGAUCGCCUGGAAUGGCGGUUUAGACGCAGUGGCUCCAUCGAGCCUGAACCCUAUCGGUAUCUCAGCCCCUCGGACGGAUACAAUGUAACCAGCGGCAACGAGGGUCUGGCCUGGAGACUCCGGAUCUAUGUGAGUGCCCAAACGGCGGGCGACUACCAGUGCGUGGCUUGGUACGGUCCCGGCGCCCUGGCCUCCACGCCCGCGCGCCUGGCCCUGGUCUCGAUUGCUCUGGACGGCGGUCUGGCCCCCGUGGGCUCUAGGGGCUCCAUCCGCUGGAGUGUGGCGCCCAAGAACUGCCUGCUCAUCCGUUGCGGCAGCGUUAUAUCCAAUCCGCCGGCCAUCUGGAGCUUCUACAGGAACAACAAGAAGCUGCCCCAGUCGGAAUUGCUGCCUGGAGCAGCGGGGGCACUGGUUCUGGACAUGGUCACCGCCAAGGAUGCGGGUAACUACUCGUGUGUGGCCACAAACUCCAUAACGGGCGAUGAGCUGAGGCUCCCCCAAACAAUUGAGCUGAGGGUGGACUACACGGAUAGGACGCCACCGUACUUCCUACAACGCCCACCCACCGAGUACUCGGCUCGUCCCGGGGAAACGGUGGUGCUGGAGUGUCCCGGCGUUGGAUCCCCCAGGCCCAGGGUCAUCUGGAGUAGUCCCAACGUGGUGGGGAUCUACAACAAUAGGAGCAAGAUCUUGCCAUACGGCUUGCAAAUCACCGAUCUGAAGCCCGAGGAUCAGGGCUCCUACAUCUGCAUGCUGGACAAUGGCAUUGCACCACCCAUCGAUCACACCAUCAACUUGAGUGUCCUGCAGCGACCCACAAUUUCGAGUGGACCUGCUGCCACGCUGACGAACGAGAGUAGUCCGCUGACCUUGGCUUGCCGCGCCACCGGUAAUCCAGAGCCGGAAAUUUACUGGCUCAUAAACGGAGAGGACGCCACCAAUGAUCCGGAGGCCAUUGUGUUUAACCAAAGCCUACAGCUGAAGCGUGUUCAAAAGCGCCACGCCGGCGUGGUUCAGUGCUUUGCAAAGAACACUUUGGGAGAGACCAGCAAGGGCAACAUCCUGCGCGUGAAUCCCCUGGAAAUCACUGGCGAGGACGAAGAACCACUUGGCGGAGUUCCCAUGUGGCCAGUGCACGAGUCGAACGGCGGCAUGGGAUCCUCGUCGACGCCCUCUGGAGGGUCCAAAAACAAGGGCGGCAGGCGGAAGUACAAGGCCAGCAUGGUGCCUCCAUCGCGACCCAAUGUCACCCGGUUGUCGGACGAGUCCGUAAUGCUGCGCUGGAGUGUGCCCCAAAACUCGGGCCUGCAGAUCACCUUCUUCAAGGUGCAAUAUCGUCGCUUGGGCGACGGGAAGAAUCGGCGGGAGAACUGGCAGACGACUAGCGACAAUAUUCCGUACGGAAACAACUACGGAUCCGGGCCGGGAUCGGGGACUAACCAUUGGCGACAGCGCAACAGGGACCGGGAGUACGAGAUGGGCAAUCCGCCCAAGAACUUCACCUCCUCGGUGACGGGCCUGACGGCGGGGAAGUACUAUCGCUUCCGGAUCGUGGCUGUCUACUCGAACAAUGACAACAAGGAGGGGAAUACCUCCCUCAAGUUCUUCCUGCAAAACGGCACGGCCAAGUCGAAUCUACCGGUUCCCGAACUGCGCGAGGUGGAGGCCAUUAGCGAGUCCACCGUAGUGCUCCAUUGGUCGCUGGUUUCCUCGGGCCAAAGUGAGAGUAUCGAUGGUUAUUACGCCUACUAUAGGCCGGCGGACUCGGCUGCAGAGUACCUGAAGGCCACGGUGGACGAUGGGAGGAGCAGGAGCUUCCAAAUAGAUCUGCUUCGACCCGGCAUCGCCUACGAGUUCAAAUUGCAGUCCUUUAACGCCGACGCAGCCUCUGAAUUCAGUGCAAUAAGACAAUCGAGGACCAAAAAGCCCCAUGGACACACUGCUUCCACUUCAUCCACCCCAGUGCCCGGCAAUAAGACAGCGGAUCAGCAGCAAAACUCCAUGUAUCCCGUGAUUGCAGGAGCCGCCGGCGGAGGACUUCUGCUCCUCAUCGCCUCCUUGGUGGCCUGCAUGUGUCUCAAGAGGCGGGAGAACAGCCAACCCGAGGAUGAGAACAAGCCGCAAUUGGAGCACAUCCAAGCGGACUUUGUGACCUCCGCCGUGCUGGGAGUGGGCGGACACCACAAGAGUGGCGAUGUGAGGCGCCUCAACGGGGUGAUUCCCCGGAUGAACAUCACACCCAAUCCGCUGGCCCAGGAAACGGGCUCCGAUAAGAACCGCAACGUGAUGGAGCUACGUUUCCUGCCGCCGCUGGCGAACGGAAAUGGGAAUGGCACCGGAAAUGGCAACUGCAUUGCCAGAGAUCUGGCCCCGGAGCAGCCGAAUGCGGAGGAGCAACUUGAUGAGGACGGCGAGGAGGACACGCGACUACCGACGGUGGCCUCCUCCUCCUGCGAAACCUUAGAGGCCUGCGACGAGGCUGUCAAACUGAAUCUCCACCAGAAACUAGACCAGGAGCCGCAGGAUCCGCAAAGCCUGGAGGCGCCCACCAAGCCGCUGCCCCCGCUGCCCAAGAAACCCACCAACCAUGCUGGCCAAACCAACUGUGGCCUGCAUCAGAAUGGCCUCCAUCAUGCCCAGCCGUAUCAUCCGCCCGGAACUCCCACCCUGAUGCACAAGCGGAUGGACUUCCACCAGCAGGCGCCGCCAGUGCCGCCGCACUCCGCCUACUACCAGCAGUCGCCCACCCACCAGCCCUCGCCGAUGAUGGAGCGCAGUGUGAGGGGCCACCAGCAGCCAGGCGGGGGCUACCAUCACGAGGAGGGCACUCCCACGCCCACGAGGAUUCCCUCUCUGAGGCGGCAACGUCGCUCCUCGGGCAGCCAGCAGCAGCAGCCGGUGCACAAUAGCCACAGCAAUCUCAACCUGAAUUUGAGCCACCACAACAACAACAACAACCUGCCGCCUCACCACCAGCACCUGCACCACCAUCCCGGGCAUCCGGGUGGCCUGGUGGGCAUACCCAUCGUGCCGGGGAGCCCCCGGGUCCAGAGAUCCCCGAUGCCCAGCAGAGCGAUGAUCAAGAGAACGCGACUGGGCAGCCACACGGACAACAUCUCCUCGGGCAGUCUGAACAGUAUUGAGGUGUGAUGCUUGGAUGGUUAGGUGGUGGGAUGGCUUCCAAGAGGAGGGGCAGCCGCAGGAGCUCUAGAACCAAGCGAUAACAGUUUCCCCAUACAACUACAGACAGCUUCAACUAGGUUUAAGGAGGCCAAACUCGAUGUGUAUUAUUAGCUUAUUCAUAGAACAGGCCGGCAGAGCAGUUGAAAAACACUCGAAUCUUAGCUGUUAAGUUUUCCAAAACAUUUUUGAUACAUGAAAGUAGUUUUGAGCUAGAACCAAAAAAUUGAAUUUCGUUUAAUAAGAAAAUUUCACUAGUUUGAAAUUGGAGGACUAUUUUUUGAAACAAAACGAUUUAAAGCUUAGUCGUUCAACGCUAAAGCUAAUUAUGUUUCAUUAAUUAAUCAUUAAUAAAUAAUCAAAUACUAAUUUGAUUCGAAUAUAGCUGAUAAGAAUUAAUAUUAAGCUCUUUUCUCGUUACUGCCGGCCAGAUAGUCAGUAGAAAUAUUAUUUUGAUUUUUUUUACUGAUUGACUUAGUGUAAUUUUUUUGCGAACCCCAGGGGUCCAAUUAGCAUCUCGCCUAAGCCCUGUAGCAUAGUGUUAUUUAUUUAUUACCGUGUAAGCGUCAACGACUCGAAUUGAUUAGUUCAAUUAGGAUAAGCUCUUUAAGUUACUCGUAAGGCAAACAACUAUUUAGCAUUAAUAUAAUACAUUUCGAAAUGUGACUAACCACCCGACUUCGUAUCGUGAGGACAUAACCCACAAAACCGAAAAGAAAAACAUCCUAAACUAUUUUUAAGUUCAUGGACAACUGAGUUUAAAACAUAUAUAUGCGAAUUUUGAAAUUAAAGAGAAAGUAAAUCCUUAAAA